AUGAUUGAACUGUCAAGGGACGAGAUAAACCAGCUGAUAGCAAGGUAUCUUGAGGAUGAAGGAUACAUAUACACGCUGUUUACAUUCAAGAAUGAAGCAAGUCCAGACACUGGAGUGUUCAAACACACGCUUCCCUCUGUUAUUAGCAAAGGAGUGCAGUAUAUGUAUGGUGUGAAGCAUCUGCAAGAGGGUGAAGUUGUUCCAUGCAGUGCCAAAUUUUGUUUGUCUGAAGCACAUGUGUGUAGGUUUGAAAGCUCAAAUGAAUCUGAGUCAAAAAAGGGCCUUAAGCUUAAUGAUGGCAGCACAAGUAUAUUAAUCGACAAGGAGAUGUCUAUGAGUACUGACAUACUCAAUAGCGAAGACGUACUAGAUGGAUAUGUUGAUAAAGUGAGUAUCGAUGUUAUGGAUAUAGACAUGCAUUUAAACGAGCAUGUUAUGCUUUCAUGUUGGAAUAGAGACUUUCUAUGUGUUUAUACAAAGACGCAUGAGCUUGUUGGUGUUGGACUAAAUGGCAUUAUGUGGAGAAGAGAUAUUAAGGGAAUAUCAGCACUCUCAUGGAGUGGUGAUGAUGUUGUUGCAGGGAAUACAAAUGGAGAAGUUAUAACGAUCAAUCUGCUAAGUGGUAGAACAAGAAGUUAUGCAUGUCAUGAAAAGAAGAUUACUGGAGUAAAACAGCGUGGAAAGGGAAUUAUUUCAUCUGGAGAAGAUGGAAAAGUGGUGAUGAUGAACAAUGGAGUAACAGAGAUGUGUGUUUCUUCUAAGUCCAAGGUGACUGAGAUAGUUUGGAUGAGUGAGUAUGGCGUUGGAUGCGCAUUAGACGAUUUCUCACUAGUUUAUGUGGACAUGAAUACUCAGAAUACAUUCACUGUUGGCUUCCACAGUAACUGGAUUAGUCACAUAAGUCAUAGGGAAGGCGUAUUGUCCAGUUCGUCGCAUGAUGGAUCGAUUGGUAUUUGGAGCAGCACAUUGAUGAAUGGUCAUAGAAUUCAAGCACAUGAGGGCGCAGUCAAUAGCCAUGCAUGGAUCAAUGAUUCAGUUGCCAGCUGUGGAGCAGAUGGGAUUCUUAAGACCUGGAAUGUUCAUAAAGGUGUAUCUGUCCAUGCAUCAGACUAUUCCGAUGGUAUUGUGUGUGUUGAUUGUACAUCUCAGUUGAUUGCAUGUGGAACAUCGGCAGGGACUGUUGCUAUUACUGAUUCUAGAUGUGGAGAGAUUUACAGAUGCCGCAUGAAUGGAGAAGUCUCGAGUGUUUUAUUUUCUGGAGAUGGAUCAUAUCUAUACUGCAUGCUUGAAGGGCAUUCAAAGCUAUUAAAUCUCAGGUAUAUUUGA